AUGUGCCUUGGCGAAAAGGAAAUUAAUUAUACACACGCUGAAUUAUCGCUUCAACAAUAAUAGAAUACCUCUUUACCUUUAAUAAAAUAGCGAAACGGAAGCAUUUUUAAUCCGGUGCAAAAGUAGCAGCUGAAGAAGAAGCAGCACAGCAAAACGUCGAAGAUGCCUUCCAGCGAUCCACUGCCGCCCAAAGAGGCUGCACUCUUCCGUAAAUUACUGAAAUGCUACGAAAUGAAGCAGUACAAAAAUGGCCUCAAACUGGCCAAGCAAAUCCUAUCAAAUCCGAAGUUCACGGAACAUGGCGAAACGCUGGCCAUGAAGGGCUUAACACUGAACGGACUCGGGCGCCGAGAGGAGGCGUAUAAGUACGUCCGUAUGGGCCUGAGGAACGAUUUGCGCUCUCACGUCUGCUGGCAUGUCUACGGUCUGCUGCAGCGGAGCGACAAAAAGUAUGACGAGGCAAUCAAAUGCUACCGCAAUGCCCUCAAAUGGGAGAAGGAUAACUUGCAAAUAUUGAAAGAUCUGUCGUUGCUGCAAAUACAAAUGCGAGACUUGGAGGGCUACAAGGAGACGCGUCACCAUCUGUUCACGUUGCGGCCAUCGCAGCACGCCUCAUGGACUGGCUUCGCUAUGAGCUAUCAUCUGCUGGGCGAGCAUAUGAUGGCGAAUAAUAUACUCGAGACGUUUAGCCAGUCGCAGACAUCAAUUGAGGCCCACGAUUACCGACAGUCGGAGCUGUUGCUCUAUCAGAAUCAGAUACUCAUCGAAGCGCACCAGUUGCAGCAGGCGCUCGAUCAUUUGCUUAAGUUUGAGCCACAGAUUGUGGACAAGUUGGCUGUGCGGGAAACUCUCGGCGAUUUGUAUAUUAAACUGAAGCAGGAGGACAAAGCGGUGCCCAUAUAUGAGUCACUGAUCCAGCGCAAUCCGGAGAAUGUUCUCUACUACAAACAAUAUAUGAUGGCCCGACGCGUCAGCUCUCCAAGCGAUAUUGUGGCUGUCUAUCGCGAAUUUCAACAACAAUAUCCACGCGCGCUCUGUCCACGUCGCCUGCCCUUAGACAUUGCCAGCGGCGAAGAGUUUCGGGUCGUGGCCGAUGAAUACUUGCGACGGGGCCUUCGAAAGGGUAUUCCUCCACUGUUUGUCAACGUGCGUUCGCUGCACCAGCAGCCGGAAAAGGCGAACAUCAUCGAGUCGCUAACACUGCAAUAUUUUGAGAAUUUAACGCGUUCCGGUCACUUUUCACGGGAAGAUGCCGAUGCUGGUAUGCCGGUCGAGCCGGCCUCUGCUUUGGUCUGGACCGCAUUGUUUCUGGCUCAGCACUAUGAUUAUAUGCGCGACACGAACCGGGCAUUGGAAUAUAUCAAUGUCGCAAUCGAUCAUACACCAACGCUGAUUGAGCUGCUUAUCACGAAAGGACGGAUUUUUAAGCAUGCCGGCGAUGCUGUGGAGGCCUACGUGUGGCUCGAAGAGGCCCAGAGCAUGGACACGGCCGAUCGCUACAUCAACUCCAAGUGCGCCAAGUAUAUGCUGCGCGCCAACAUGAUUACCGAGGCCGAGGAGAUCUGUGCGAAGUUCACCCGUGAAGGCGUCUCGGCCAUGGACAAUUUGAACGAGAUGCAAUGCAUGUGGUUCCAGACGGAGUGUGCCUUGGCCUUCCAGCGCAUGGGUCGGUGGGGCGAGGCACUUAAGAAAUGCCACGAAGUGGAUCGUCAUUUUGCCGAGAUCAUUGAGGAUCAGUUUGAUUUUCAUACCUAUUGCAUGCGCAAGAUGACAUUGCGCGCUUACGUUGGACUAUUGCGAUUGGAGGAUGUCCUACGGCGUCAUCCAUUCUACUUUAAGGCGGCCAAAUGUGGGAUUGAGGUCUAUAUGCGGCUCUACGAUAAGCCACUCAAGUCGGAGACAACCAUUGAGGAAAUUGAUAUCGAGAACCUACCGCCAUCGGAGCUGAAGAAGCUGCGCAGUAAACAGCGCAAGGCCAAGAAGAAAGCCGAAUUGGAGAGCGCGCAGGCUGCCCAGGCGCAGGUGAAACGCGAACAGCAUCAGAAAUCGAAACAGCAGGCCAAUCAGGAAACCGAUCCGGAUGCACCGCAACUAGACGAGCUAAUCCCCGAGAAACUGGAGCGCACCGACGAGCCGUUGGAGAAGGCAAUUGAGUUCUUAAAGCCGCUGCAGCAGUUUGCCAAAGAGCGAAUCGAAACGCAUUUAUUGGCCUUCGAGGUGUACUAUCGAAAGAAUAAGCUGCUCCUCAUGCUGCAAUCGAUACUGCGUGCGCGUGCUGUCGAUCCGGAGCAUCCCGUUCUGCACAGCUGUAUCAUCCGAUUUAUGAAGGCGCUGGCCAAUGCCAAGAAAUUGGAGCCAUUCAAUGAGCAUGUGCAGCAAGUGCUGGACAAGGCGACCAAAGAACUGAUAGGCACCAAGACGCCACAGCAGUUGAAUGACGAAUUCAUUGCCAAGCAUCAUGCUACUUCCAUAUUGCAUUUAUAUGAGGGCGCACGCGGUCUCUACGAGCUGGAUCCUAGCAAAAAGCAGAAAGCCAUUAAACUGAUCACCAGCUUCAAUCUGAGCAAGAUGCGAUUAGAGGAGGCCGUUCAGGUUUACACGGCGUUGCGGGAUGGCGAUAUCUUUGGGGAGUGCGAAAAAGAGGCGGAUGAGUAUAAGUUGUUGUGCCAGCAACGUUUCCAAUAUGCGCGCAUCUUUCGCAACAUUGAGGAGCUGGAGGCGCAGCUCCAGGAGAAGGAGGCAGCCAAGCUGCGUGCCGAGGAGGAGCAGCAGCAGCUCAAUCAUCUCGAUACAAAUGAGAUGUCUGUAGCGUCGACGCCAGCGUCCAUUGCAGCAGCAUCUUAGAAGCUAUGUUGCGGCAACAGCGACAGCAGCACUAUCAAUAACAACAAUAACAGCAACA